AUGUCAGAAGUGACCAAAUUGCCUGGCGUCGAGCCAACGGCGACACAGGGUCCAGUUGUUCCUCGAGAUGAGGGUCCCGACGCAAACUAUAAAGCCAAAGCUGAGGCUCUCAACCGCGCAAUCCAGACGAUCGGAAUGGGCCGAUACCAAUGGCAGCUCUUCGUGGUGAUCGGAUUUGGCUGGGCGAGCGACAACUUGUGGCCCACUGUUACCUCCCUGAUUCUUCCCGCAGUAUCAAAUGAGUUCCAUCCCUCGAAAGCGCCACUGUUGACACUCGCGCAAAACAUCGGGUUGCUGGUCGGCGCUGUGUUUUGGGGAUUCGGGUGCGAUGUCUUCGGUCGCAGAUGGGCGUUCAACUUGACGAUCGGAAUCACGGCGGUGUUUGGCCUGAUUGCGGCAGGGUCGCCCAAUUUCGCAGCCAUUUGUGUGUUUGCGGCUUUGUGGUCUAUCGGCGUCGGUGGGAAUCUGCCGGUUGAUUCGGCCAUCUUCCUUGAGUUCCUACCUGGAUCACAUCAGUACCUGUUGACGAUCUUGUCGAUUGACUGGGCUUUGGCACAGGUGGUGGCCACAUUGAUCGGUUGGCCGUUGCUUGGGUAUAGGACUUGCGGUUCAGCAGAAGGAUGUACGAAAGCUGAUAACAUGGGGUGGCGAUGGUUCAUGAUCGCGAUGGGUGGUAUCGCGAUGAUCAUGUUCGUCGGUCGGUUUGUGUUUUUCACGAUUUUCGAGUCGCCCAAAUACCUCAUGGGAAAGGGUAGGAAUGAGCAGGCUGUGGAGGUUGUCCACGAAGUUGCCAGAAGGAAUGGGAAGACAUCUGAUUUGACCAGAACUGAAGUUGACGCCUUGGACCAGGGCGAAAUACAGCAUUUCACCGCGGCAGACAUCGUCCGCCAACGUCUAGAAACCGUGCAGUUUGAUCAUAUCCGCGCUCUUUUCGAUACCCCCAAGCGAGCAUGGGCUACAACAUUGAUCAUCCUCGUCUGGGCAUUUAUUGGCCUCGGUUUCCCACUCUACAAUGCCUUCCUUCCAUACAUCCAGCAGUCCCGAGGUGCUGAAUUCGGUGAUGGAUCGACAUACAUCACAUAUCGGAACUCGUUGAUUAUUGCCGUGAUGGGAAUCCCAGGCUGCCUUCUUGGUGGAGUGCUGGUUGAACUACCAGGCUUUGGCCGUAAGGGUGCUCUCUGCAGUUCGACAGCUAUCACUGGGGCCUUCCUUCUUGCGUCGACAACAGCUACCACAUCGAAUGCUCUGCUAGGUUGGAACUGUGCCUUUAAUUUCAUGAGUAGUCUCAUGUACGCCGUGUUAUAUGCCUACACGCCCGAGAUAUUUCUCACCAAGGACCGGGGUACAGGGAACGCAUUGACCGCGUCUGCGAAUCGGAUCUUUGGUAUUAUGGCUCCUAUCAUUGCCAUGUUCGCUGAUCUCACAACCGCUGCUCCUGUUUAUGUUAGCGGGGCACUGUUCAUCGCAGCGGGCAUUCUUGUUUUGUUCAUGCCAUAUGAGUCUCGCGGAAAGGCUAGUCUGUAA